AUGCCUCCUCCUGCAGGAAAUAUAGUCAAUUUAGAGGUGAAAGCUAGAGAAAGCUUUACCCCACUCUUGGUUCGGUGUUCCGAUCGAAGCCCCAGGAGGAGAGAUGGAGAGGACCCCGAACAUCGAAGUCCUAGAAGGAGAGAUGCGGAGGAUCACUGUUACGACCCCGAUCGAUCGAGAAGAGAUGGAUCUGAGGAUGGCGGCGGCCAAGCAGUUCGUGGAGAACUACUACAAGACGUUCGACGCGAACCGGGCGGACUUGGUGAACCUGUAUGGAGAAGAGUCGUUCGUGGUCUUCGAGGGCCAGAAGAUCCAGGGCAAGGAGGCUAUCUUUGCCAAAAACUCACCUCCAUUCAGCAGUGCCGGUACCAAUUCGCCAACGUCAACUGCAUCCCCUGCGGCGCACCCGGCGGCGUGCUCGUCGUGGUCUCCGGCUACAUGUGGCUAGACGGCCAGCAGGAUGCCCUCGUUUUCAACCAGACCUUCCAGUUGAUGCCAGCACCAGAAGGAAGCUUUUAUAUAGCGCAACAACUUUGGAUGACCUGUGCUUUCAACCUGCGUCGGACCCCCUUGGCCAUGACCCCCUUGGCCAUGUCCCUUCAUUAGAGACUCGGUCUAUAUAUAUAUAUAUAAAAGUAUAUAUGUGAUAAGGUGAUCUCACCUGUCUCUAGAUCUGAGGAUCUCAUGCGACUUUCUGCAACUUUGAAAUUUCUGUGGUUUAGUUCAUGUUAUUUGGAGUGAUAGAUAUGCACUGCAUUAGGUACCGCACUGCGUCAGGUACCGUUCAGUGUCGUUUGUGUAUGUGGAAAGAUAUAAGCAUUAAAGCAUUAAUAAAUUGCAUUAAUAAAUUAUGUUUAUGUUUGAAUUGA